GAUGAAGGUCAGUGACAAACGCAUAGCCAAGUAGAAAGGAGAGGAGAAGAAAAAGAGAGAAGGAGAGUAGAGGUGUUAAAUGUGGCGUCACAAUGCUCUAACCACUGCUCUGUGACUGAGUAAUCGCCUGGAUGUGAAAAAGUAUCCAACUACCUGCUCUCACCUCCACUCUUCACUCUCUGCUGCCCUGAGUCCGAUGGCAAAGCAUGACCUGAACGACCCCCCUCCUCCUUACUCUGUAGCUGUGCACACCCAGCCCCCCCUCAAGUCCUAUGAAGAGGUAGUGUAUGGCGUGGGUCCGGGCCUGAGACCCCCCACCCAGCCACAUUACAUUCCUCAGUAUCCACCACCUGCGAUUGUUGCCCAAGUCACACAGUCACACAUACCCCCCAGAAAGAAGAGGAGCUGCUGUGAAAGUAAUGCCCAGUGUUAUGGAGGGGCAGGGGGAGCCUUACUGGUGCUUGGUCUGCUGGCACUGGCCAUCUGGCUUGGAGUUCGUUACGGCACCAGACUGUCAACAGCAGAGAUCCACCAUGAUGAGGAUGAUGAUCACAGAAGUGAAAAUAUGCCGUUGCCAAAGUAUGACACCUGUCCCAACAAUACUGUCCAGUGUAAUGGGAUAAGAGAUUGCCAACGGGGCACUGAUGAGACAAAUUGUGUGAGGUUUGGUGCGAACAACGGUCUGCAGGUCAGGACAUCUCAAGAUGGCCGCUUCCUACCAGUGUGCUACAAAGGCUGGGACCAGAGCCUUGCUGAACAGACCUGCACUCAGCUGGGUUUCAGAAAGCCCAGUGUCACCAAAGCAAUGAAAUCCCAGGGGUCCAUCAGUGUAACAGUGGCCAACAGAUCAUCUGUGCCUAUCCAGGGUCUGGUACAAGUCAGUUCUUCCUGUCCAGACCAGGAGACUGUCUUCCUGCAGUGUGUGGACUGCGGUCGCCAGCAGUCUACAUCUCGGAUCAUUGGGGGCAGUGUAGCUAAGACAGGUCAGUGGCCUUGGCAGUUGUCCCUCCACUUCAGAGGAUCCCACGUUUGUGGCGGAGUCCUGAUCUCUCCUGAUUUUGUGCUGACUGCUGCCCACUGCUUCCCAAGUGGCAACACUUUGGCUGUCUCAGCGCAGUACUGGAAAGUCUAUGCUGGAGUGGUGUCCCUGGACAAUCUACCUCAGCCUUACCUAGUUAAGAAGAUCCUGCUCAAUGAGAACUACAACAGCAAGACUAAUGACCAAGAUGUUGCUCUGCUCAAACUUACAUCUCCAGUUCUUUUCAAUGAUGAAGUUCAGCCAGUUUGUCUGCCUUUGUCUGGCCAGCAAUUUCCACAUGGAACCAAAUGCUGGACUUCAGGCUUUGGCACCACUGUGGCAGGAUCAGGUACUGUCUCCAAGGAUCUGAUGGAAGUGACUGUGGACAUCAUAGAUACACAAGUGUGUAACAGCCCCCGUGUGUAUGGAGGCGCUGUGACCACAAACAUGCUCUGUGCUGGAGACCUGGAAGGAGGCAAAGACUCCUGUCAGGGUGACAGUGGUGGACCUCUGGUAUGUCAGGGAGAAGACCACUGGUACCUGACAGGGCUCACGAGCUGGGGAGCUGGCUGUGGUGAAAAAAACAAGCCUGGUGUUUAUACCAAAGUCAGUAGUGUUCUUCCCUGGAUCUAUAGCAAUAUGCAGCAAGAGAGGCCGUGAUGUCACUUUGUCUCCUGCUGGUGGUCUGCUUCACCUCUCCCAUCCCCCAAUGAACCCUGCACUAUGAAUUUGUCUUAGAGAGAUGGAUGGACUUAGAUGAAGGAAAUGAUGAGAAGAUGGUGAAGACAGAAAGACAGACAGAUGAAAGGUUGGGGGUGUAGCAGCACAACAAAAUGCACAAGCAGAACACAGGACUUCUGUCUUGGCGUUCUGCAUCAUCUAUAUUCGUCCUCUUUCAUAUGUCUGUUUUGUGUAUUACCUGACCCUGAUUAUUAAUACAACACUAAUCAAUGCAAUGACUUCAGUCCUGCAUUCUUAAUUUUUCUCCUCUGUCUCUUGGUGUCUCAGUCAUACAGUAUACUUAUGUGGACCUAUGCUAGGUGUUAAGCAAACUUCGAAGAUGGCUGGUCCUUCUCUUAUGUGUUCUGUGCCAAUGAAACAGUCCACUGUACUGUGAUCUCUUUAACUGGAGUUAGAAUGAUACUCUUUAAAAUGAUUGUAGAGGUGUGUUUUUUUUCCUCAGGGACACAUCUCAGGCUUUUCUUUGUUAACCGUUGUAUUUCAUACUAAAAUUAAAAAAGGACACUAUGUAUUCACUUCAUGAAGAAAGACAACAAUGUGGGCCUUGGCCCCCUGUAUGAGCUGGGGCUCUGUCUGUGCACCUAAACCUCCUCUUAUACUCACACUGUGAAAUUUUUCAGACAUUGCUCUUCUUACAUUGUGUGUCAAUGUGUGUGUGUAUUUAUGUGGACUGGCCAUAUUAUCUAACAGAAUUUUCUACUUGUCCAAUGUGUGGGAUCAUCCAGCAUUAAACAAUGAGCAUAUAUGAACAAUAAAGAUCAAGGAAAAUGUU